AACAUCAGGAAAUGUAGUUUUUAGAUCUUUUACUACGGCCACUUUUCCAUUGGAGCUCAUUCCAAUGGAAAUACAAGUCCCGAAACGGCGUCGAAGAAGACUAGGCACCACACGAGUUUGUACAGCAUCCCUCUCGAUACCCCUCGCUCUUGGAGCCCUCCUGCGUGAUGCUGAUUCUCGGGGUUCUGCCGCUGCUCCUGAUGCAGGUGCCCUGCUGGGCGGCAGACAUUCCGGAGGACAUCACAGCGGAGUUCUCAGUGAGACUCUACCACCAGCUGCAGUCCACAGGGGGAGAGGACAACAUCAUCUUCUCCCCACUGAGUGUGGCUGUGGCCCUGGGCAUGGUGGAGCUCGGGGCUCGGGGAGCCACGCUGAAUGAGAUUCGACAGGCAGUGGGCUACAGCCACCUCAGAGCAGGUGAUGAGUUCUCCCUGUUGAGGAACCUGACGCAGGCCAUGUCUGCCGAUGAAACACAGAACGUGGUCAAGCUGGCCAACUCCCUCUUCCUGCAGACCGGCGUGCACUUCAACCCCGACUUCAUCCAGCUCAUGAAGAAGUACUUCCGGGCAGAGAUCGAGACAGUGGACUUCAGCGAGUCCACUGCCGUGGCCGAACAUAUCAACACUUGGGUGGAGAACCACACUGAGAGUAAAAUUCGAGACCUGCUGUCUGCGGAUGACUUCAGCAGCGUGACGCGCCUGACUCUGGUCAACGCAAUCUACUUCCGGGGCAGCUGGAAGAACCAGUUCCGACCCGAAAACACCCGGACCUUCUCCUUCAGCAAAGAUGACGGCAGUGAGGUCCAGACACUCAUGAUGUACCAGCAGGGAGACUUCUACUAUGGUGAGUUCAGCGAUGGCUCCACAGAGGCGGGCGGGGUGUAUCAGGUGCUGGAGAUGCCCUACGAGGGCGAGGACAUGAGCAUGAUGAUCGUUCUGCCCCGUCAGGAAGUGCCCCUUGCGGCUCUGGAACCAAUCAUUAAGGCCCAGCUCCUGGAGGACUGGGCCAACAAUGUCAAGAGACAGAAGGUGGAGGUGUACCUACCCAGAUUCAAAGUGGAGCAGAGGAUCGAUCUGAGGGAAACUCUUCAGGAGCUAGGCAUCAAGAACAUUUUCACCAAGGACGCCGACCUGUCGGCAAUGGCAGGUGAGAUGGCAGAUGGGAAGGACCUUUUCAUUGGGAAGGCAGUGCAGAAGGCAUACUUGGAGGUGACUGAGGAGGGGGUGGAGGGAGCAGCUGGAUCAGGAAUGAUUGCACUUACCAGGACACUGGUGCUGUAUCCACAGGUCAUGGCUGACCACCCCUUCUUCUUUCUCAUCAGAAACAGGAAGACAGGGUCCAUUGUGUUCAUGGGAAGAGUCAUGAAUCCCGAGGUUAUUGACUCCAAUGACCACGACUUUGAUGCAGUGUAACUCUAUUCAUGCUGUCAGUGCACGUGGAACAUCUCAUGAAAAAAUUUCUCUCCUGUCAUUUGCCGUGUUUUUAUAACCUAUAUAGGGUCUGUGUUUUGAUACUGGAAGCUUAAAACCACCAGGACAGUUGUAAAUAUAUAUAA